AUGGCGCUUCGUCUCUCUCGCGUGUAUCAUUUUCGCCUAGCUCGACAAGCUCCGGUGGCUGCCAUGCGCAGCAUGAGCUCUCCCUCGAAUCAUCCCAACCCAGGUAACUUCGCCAAUCGACCCCGAGAGCAGCUCUCCGAAAUUGGUCGCAAAGGAGGGUCCAAGGGUGGAAAGGCCACCGGCCAUGCAAUUGCGUCUAAGGGCGGACGUGCGUCGAGAGGAUCAUUUGAGAAAGGUAGCGAACGAGCGCGGGAAGCCGGUCGUAAAGGUGGUCGUGCUCGGGGAGGCUCUGCGUCGUCCUCAACCUCAUCCACAUCCUAUGGCGAGGAGUUUACAAUAUAG